CCAGCAAGAAUAGACUACUCCAUUACGCACUCGGGAGAAACAACAACAACGCUGUUGGACACGCUGAAUCAUAUAUAGCACGUCGGCAUGCCACCAAAAGACCCUCAGGCGCCCGCCGCUCCCAAGCUGACUCGGUCGCGCAACGGAUGUGUCGAAUGCCGCCGACUCCAUCGCCGCUGCGACGAGGAGAAGCCGUCAUGCGCCAACUGUCGCGAUGCGGGCAAGGUGUGCUCCUACCAGAAACCACUCUCCUGGGGCGGGCGGCCAUUCAACCGUUCAACGUUCCGCCACGCGCUGGGAGGGGGAGUGGUCGAGAUUCCCAUUGCGGAUUCCGAAGACGAUACGACACAUCGACGAUCCUUUGUCUACGGACAAGCAGAGAGUUCCAGCAGCGCAGCGAGACGUGCGAGCUCCAUCAAGAUCGAGCCGGAAUUGCGCACCAUGGGCCCCCUCCCGAUCAUUGAGCCACACGAGAGCUCGCGAAGCUCACCGGCUGGCGAUUUGAGCAUACCCGCCGCGGCAUGGCUGCCCUGGUUGUCACAGCACCACCGCGCCCUCUUCCAACACUUCAUCGACCACACCGUGACCAUUUUCACGGGGGAUGCGGCGGUACAGCAAGAAAUUCGAGCGGCCAUUGUGCCCAUGGCCAUCGACACAAAUCACGGCUUCUCCCUCGUAGCCGCCAUUCUGAGCCUGGCGUCAACACAUCGCAUGAAUCUUGGAGCGCACCGCGAUGCCACCGAAGUUGCAUAUUGGCGCGACAUGAGCGUCGGACACCUGCGACGGCCGACGGUGCAGGAGGAUGAGUCGACGCAGAAUGUCUUUGCCGGGACGGCGCUGAUGCUGGCCAUCCGCGACGUCAUUUCGGACGGGGAGAAGCGCUCGACGUGGAGGGUGCACCUUCAGGGUGCGCUGUCGGUGUUUGCAACCGACAUUGAGCUCCAAAGCAUGACCGACACGAGCACACGCGGCAUUCUGAAGAGGCUGGCCCGCUCGCUGCAGAUCCGCAGUCCACUAGCCACCCCCGGAACGCUGCCCAGUCCCGAGGACGACAAGGGCAAGUCGGCGGAGAUGAAUGUGGAAGUGCUCGGGCUGCCGCGCCAGCUGUCCGGCGUGCUCAAGCACAUCCGCGCGCUCCGGCUGGAGAAGAAUGCGCUGCAAAACAUCGAGAGCAACUCCGGAAGCGACAACAUGCAACGACUCUGGAGCGCACUCCGCGCGCAAUGCCUGGAAGUCAUUGUGCAGCUGAAGAACUUUAGCGAAAGCGUCACGGCCGCGAGCACGCCGCCCACCAGCCAUCGGAGUCCGGACCGCGACAGACUCUACUCCUACGUCGCCCUCUUGCAAGUCUACUCGGGCGUGAUGGACCUGACGAUCCACGAUUCCGGUCUGCGCACCACGCUCGAGACGGCGGUGAGUACGCUCCGCGGAUACAGCUUCGAUGAGGGGAGUACCCGAUGCGAUCCGGACCUUGUCUUUGUUCUCUUCAGCAUUGGCUGCCUGGUGCGGUCGGGCGAGGACAGGGCUCUGGUGUCUUCCAUGCUGGUGCGGAUCACAAAGGAGCACGGCAAAGCUAAUGCGAAUCUGGCGCGCCUGUUCUUGGAAGAGCUGUGGACGAGAGUGGAUUUGCAGAAUCAAUUGGUCAAACAAUCGGAUGUUGAUUCGCUGAUGACCGAGAAGGACUGGGACCUUUCUCUCUGGUAAGAGAAAGAAGGGAAAGCACAGAGACGGUGGAGAGGUAUGGAUAUACCGAGCACAACAGAUAGGUGCUACAGCUGUCGAAUGGGUCUUCGAGCCCGU